AUGCUAGAUUUUUAGAAAUUCUUUUUCUCCAUUACUGUUUUGGCGCCUAAAUUUUCUCUUGCAGAGCCGAAAUUUCGGUCCGAUUUUUGAGGUCAGAAACGAAGCAAAGGCCACCAAUGGCACAUAGUCGAGCGUCGGCCGUUCUUCUCUUCUGUUCUCACCAUCUUGAAUCAUUCACCUUACCAACCAAGCAAACAAAGAGAGGUUAGCCUCAUCGAACUUCUUUGAUUCUUCCAAUUAGGAAAGAUGUCCGGAGUAUUCUCUCGAAAGUUUGGAGUUUGGAGGGUUGGGGAAGAUUGAAGGCUUUUAUUAACGACCUGACUGAAAGAAAAUGGAGUCUUUUCCUGACUUUUAUCCUUUGACGAGUUUGCAGAUUGGGGACAUAAAAUCCUAUCUUUCACGGACUUUCCUAUAUUUUGCUCCAAGUAGCCAUAAGUUUUUUAUCCUGGUUGACAAUCAGUCAUGGUGGAUGAGCAAAGAUUCGCGAGCAAAUUGCAUUAGGGAAUUUAUGAUCACACAGUGCAGGGUGUCACCUUUUAUAAAUACAAGAGCUUUGCUGAGGUGUCCAAGCUUAGGAUAUAAAUCCUCCAGCCAUGAAAGUGAUAAAUAUUGCAAGUGGUUGCCCAUUGUUAAUGUGCCCAGUGUUAGAGAAAGGGCACUGUUUGCUAUGUUGAGCUUGUACAAAGCUUUGCACGGGUUUAUAGUAUUUGAAGUUGCAUGGAAAGAUGUGAGAGGUAUCAACUAUUUAAAUGAGCUUCAGACAGAUACAUCCCUUGCUUUAGAAGUGAAAUCUCUGAGAAAAUGGGAAUUCAACAGCAUUAAUCAAGCAUUGAGCUGUAUUCCAUUGUGGUUCUCAGGCACUACAACUGAAGCACAAACACUAUGGAGAAGUCUAAACCUUUUGCUCAACAAAGUUUCUUUUCCUAGAGGAAUCACAGUUGGUUCUAAAACACAAGCCAACCUAUGUUCUGAAGAUGAGUUCUUUGAUGCCAGGGAAUGCCCUGCUGACACAAAUGAUAAGUUUGGUAUAUAUUGCAAAAUGGAAGAGCCAACGGAUGGCAAAGUAAAAGAAGAUCCGCGGGAUGGAAAUGUGGAGCCUAUGGGGCACACUAGUGACCCAAACAUUAAGUUUCGUACGGUUUACAAACUGGAACAGCCAAUGCAUGGGAAAAUAAAAGAAAAUCCAUGGGAAGAUGGUAAAAUUGAGCCUAUAGAAUACAAGGAUACUCUUCUCCUUUUAAGGUUCAAUGAUAGAGAUCUUCCGUCUAAAUUAAGACAAGUAAUUACCUCUGAUUUGAAGCUUCUUACUUUGCUCGAGGCAGGCCUUCCCUCUUGGGUUAUAUUUCUUCAAUCCUAUCCAUUGUUCAAUAGAGUAUACUGUCCCUGGAUGCGCCCUCUAUUGAGGGUCCUUUAUGCUGUAAUCUCAUCCAUAACUGUGAUUAUUGGGUUUUAUGACCUUUAUAAGAAUGUUCCGCUCUUGCGGGCAUCUGCGGCACACCUUUAUUGGCCAUUUUUCAAGUGGAUCGAAGCAUGGGAUAUGAUCUCAAGAAUCAGGUAUCUUGGAACAAUGUUGUUCUUACAGAAUUUGGAGAAAGCAGUUGAGUGGUUUCUGAUGAAGACACAAGUGAUAGGGCUACUAGCAUUGCUACUUAGAAGGUCCUUGAUUCAGCCACUAUCACAUCUGGUAGAGUUUAUGAGACCAAUAGGGAGCAUUUUUUCUGAAAUAGGAGAGCAGGUAUACUUGAUUGCAACGGUUGUGUUGCAGCCUUUGUGCAGCAUGUUAUUGGACUUGGUUGACGUUUUAUUCUCACCACUGGAGCUUCUGUAUUCGAUUAUUUUAAAUUUAGUCACAUUCAUUUUUUCACUCUUUGAUUUUGUGUGGGACUUGCUCCUCGUUCCUUCUCGAUGCUGUGUUCUGUUGGCAAAAUUCCUGGCUUUGGUACUAUUGAACAUCUAUAAUAUGCUCGAAAAAGCCUUCAAGAUGUUAAGUAAUAGCAAGGGCCUGCUUAUACAUUUUGCUAAAUCGAAGCCUAGCACUUCUGACAUCUCAAUUUGGCGUUCUCUUCGGAAAGAUCUCUUCAAAAAGGUCUUCCAAUCCCUUAAAAACAUUAUAUGUGGUAUUAUCACAUUCCUUGCUUCCUGCAACAGGCAUAGGCUAAGCAUUUACAACUACUGUAAAGCAGCCCUUCAGCAAUCUCCUCACCUUCUUCAAUUAGCUCCUCUUCGUUAUACUUAUCACCCAAUGCCUCAACUAGAGAGCCCUCAUAAGGUUGGUGUUAAGAAGCAACGAUUGCAGAUGGAAAUAUGCCCACGUCUCUGAAUUUAGUCUUCGGUACCUGUUUUGGUCACUACAGGAGGUCUUCUGUAUAUAUACACUUGAUAAUUUUAAAUAUCUGUUUGAAUAGAGAACAUCUCUGAUUCAUUAAUUGGUGGAAGGACUGGCAAAUUUAGUUCCGAAAGUAUAUCCAAUGAAGAUUCAAGGCACAGCAUUUUAUUUUUUUUUCCUCCAUAUCUCCUGUUGGGUUAACAAGUUCUUGUACAUUAACAAGCUGUGCAGUGUGAAACUAGCUUUGUUGUAAUUUGUAAAUAUAUGGCAGGCAUGUUAGCCUGAAUGGUUUUGAACCUUCGAUUUCAUUUUGAAAAUAAAAUUUGUAAAAUGUGUAAAAUAUAUGAGGUAAUAAUAUCACUUUGUUCAUCAUUUAAAAUAAAA